AUGGCGGCUAAGAGGAGAGGAGGGAUCAGGAGCAAUGGGGGCACGGCGGCGGCGAGCAGAGGCGAGAGCUUCGACCAGCGUUUGGAGAAGAAGAAGGGAACGACGGUUUCCAAGAUUGGAAAAGAUUCAGAGGCUAGCCUGCCGGCCUCGAGCUCGAUCGCCCUACCUCGCUCUUCUCCGCUCGCGCCCGUGUGCGCGGCCGCGGCCUCUGCCCUGCCGGCCGCCUCCGCUGCGUUUUGCUUUGCCUCGCCCGCCUCAAGAACCUCUGCUCCGUCGUCUCCUCGACUGAAGCACCAGCAGCGACUUGGCGCCGCACCCUCUGGCCGGCUCCGGCUCCGGCCACCCCGCCGCUACUCCUCUGCCCACCGGGUCCGCGCGUGCCGGCCGCCUGCCGGUUCGCCCGCCACCCAGCCGCGUGCCAGCGCCGCCACGGGCUCCCUGCGUCGCGUCCGCGCGCGCGCCGUCCCUCAGGCUCCCUCCACCGGGCAAUCGGCCCCGUCUCCCGCACGUCCUUUGCUGCCAGCAGCAGUAGCGCACCCCACGCUACUCCACCCCAGCGACCGGCUCCGCAUCGCUCCCGAGCUCCUCCACCUCGCGUCGCCUCUGGCAGGUCCGUCUCCUGGCCUCCCGUGCCGCGUCCUCCGGCCCCGGCCUCCAGCGCCGUCUGCGCUCCCGGCCCGCGUCGCAGCUCCGCCCGCCGGCUUCUCCCGCCGCCUGCUGCGCCGUCCAAGCCGGCUGCAACCGUGGCCCCGGCCUCCCGCGCCGUCUGCGCUCCCAGCCCGCGUCGCGGCUCCGCCCGCCGGCUUCUCCUGCCGCCUGCUACGCCGUCCCAGCCGGCUGCAGCCACGGCCCCUCGGCCAGCCGCUGCCUCGCCCGGUUCCCGCCCGCGCGGCUCCGCCAAGCCGCCUUGCCCACAACUCCCGUCCUCCUCCGGCUGACUUCUCCUCGCGCGCCGCGUCCGCGGGCCGCUUCGCCGCAGCAACACGCCGUGGCCACCGUUCCGCCAGCUGCCCAAGCCCGCAGCCCGCGCCGGCUGCUCCACCCCUGGCCUCCAUCGCCGCCUGCCAGGUCGCCGUGCCCCGUCCGGCUCUGCCUCUACCCGACUGUCGGGUCGCCAUCCCGCGGCCACCUGCUGCUCUGUGGCUGGCUGGCUGCUCUGCGUUCGCGGCCGCGCCAUCCUGGGCCGGCUGCUCCAGCACCGGCUCCGGCGGCCCCGCUCGCGGCCGGCUGCUCGGGAGAAGAAAAGGGUCAGCUGGAUAA